AUGGGAACGCCUUUCAUCUCGCUCGUCGAGCCUAGCAAGCUCGAGGGCUACAAGCCGGGCUCCCCGCGCGAGGAGCAGCCCGCCGAAAUACCCUCUACCUUUCUCGACGCCACCGAGGUGCGCGAGGACGUCUUCGUCAAGGAGCAGGGCAUCGCCAUCGAGAACGAGUUCGACGUCGACGACCCGCGCUGCUGCCACUGGGUCGCCUACGCCAGCGUCCACACCACCCAGGAGCACGAGGUCCGCGACGAGACGGGCGCCAUCGUCCAACCGCGCAAGAGCUCCACGCGCAGCACCCCCAUCGGCACCAUCCGUCUCGUUCCCUUUCCGCACAGCCCCCAUCCCGUCAGCGGCGGCCGCUACUGGAACAACGUCCUCGAGGGCGACGAGACGGCCAGCGGCUCACCCGAGCGCAAUGACAGCAGCAGCGCGCCCACCUUUGCGGCGGACCGGCCAACCACGUACCACGACGGCAGGGAGUCGUACGUCAAGCUCGGCCGGCUGGCCGUGCAAAAGGACUUUCGAGGCAACAGGAUCGCGGGCCUGCUGGUCAACACCGUGCUGCAGUGGCUCAAGGAGAACCCGUCGUAUUUCGACCCCAGCAUCACGGAGCUGGGGCUCGAGCAGGUCGGCGCCAGGCGAGAGACUGAAAUUCCAUCAUGGGGCGGCCUGGUCUGUGUGCAUGCGCAGCAAAAGGUGCAGUCCUUCUGGGAGCGCUGCGGAUUCAAGGUUGACGAAGGCAUGGGAACAUGGUGGGAGGAGGGCAUAGUUCACGUCGGCAUGUUCCAACGCUUGCCUAUCGAUGAGAAGAAGGUACGAAUCUAA